AUGUCAUGUCAGAGGCGGAAGAUCUCGCAGGAUUGUGUCUAUCUACCGCCUUCAAGGCAGGGUGCCGCUUUAGCGGGAAGCCAGCGGCGGUCGGAAAGCACAACAUCACCUCUUUCUCCACCACCGCACCUGCGAAAUCUGGACACCAUUAGUACCAGCGAGGUCGCCCCUACACCAGGAAACAAUGUCACUCCCGGGGCGCAAUGGCCAUUGUUCGAAGGAACUCGAGCCUGGAUGGGGCCCACUAGCUUCAACGCCGUCUUCCAGGAGAACAGGGUUCAACUCGGCCAGUUACCAGGCCCGCCUUCACCCUCGGAAAUGUGUAGUGCAAAACUCUGGGCUGAUUAUGCACGGCGGAGAGGUAUCUCGAGUUCAAAAUGGGUACAGCUCGGCAUCGAGGUCGUCAGGCAGAUCCCAAGCACAGAACAAAUCUGCGACACGCUGCUCUCGAGACACGUUAACCCCAAUGAUGGAUGGAUUAGACUGGCUGCGAAACUUGUCAGCGAGUCCAUGUGGCAGACAUUCGGCUCACUACUUCAAGAUCGCCGAGAAGAGAAUUUGGAGCAGUUAUCUAGCCGUCUGUGCCAGAAUCACGGUGUCACAGUACGUGAGGAGGCUACGGACGCUGUGGUGUGGUUGGAGUCGUUCUCCGGCAAGCAUCUCCAAUGGGAAUCACUUGGAAUUCUGUUCACAUAUUGGGCUUUUGGGGCGCUGUCGUCGCCAGUUGACGAUCCCAUAUUUACACAACCUGAUGGGACGGUGCGAGAACGUCGGGAACUCGUCACUGAGUUGAAGAAUUGUGCAUCAUCUUGUAUCGAGCUAUAUGGCAAUGAUUCUGCCGAUAGCGGGAACACGCUCCUGGUCUACUUGAUGUACAAGCGCAAUAUACUAGAUGCCGUACUGGAGACAGACGCUGGUAAGAAGACUUCCUAA